AUGAAGUUUCUCGCAGGCGUCCUCUGCCUCGCCUCGGCCGCUCUGGCCCUCCCCGCUCCGAGUGACGGCGAUGCCUCUCUUGUCCAGCGGCAGACAGCGAGCCAAAUUACGGAUCAAUAUCUCUACAGCAUCACUCUUCCCACCUUCACAGCCCGCCGCAAUGCCCGCGAUCCUGCAAAUCUGAUCUGGGACUCCGACGGCUGCAGCUCGUCUCCGGACAACCCGUUUGGGUUCCCAUUUGUUCCGGCCUGCCACCGGCACGACUUUGGGUAUCGCAACUACAACGCCCAAAACAGAUUCACGGAUGCGGUCUCUAUUACCAAUGCCGUAACAGCCAGCGUGCGGGGCGUUUGUGAGGCACUGGCGGAUGUCUACUAUGCCGCUGUUAGGGCAUUUGGUGGCAGCACUCAAGGAAAGCGCGCCGAGGAUCUGGUUAAGGAGUAUCAGGAGAAGGUGGCUAUCUACGACAAACUUGUUGCGGAGGCCCAGGCCAACGGCGAGCUUUGGCGGGUGGAUUGA